AUGUUCUGCAAAGCAUCCUUGCUCACCGUCGCUCUCGCCCUGCUCGCUUCCGCGACGCCGGUCACGCGCGAGACCGGUAUCCGCAUCCCCAUCCAGAAGCGCAGCGCUCUGACCAAGGCCGAUGGUACCGUCGACCGCGACGCGGUCAUCCGCGAGACGCACCGCCGUAACCUGAUCACCAUCGACCGCAAGAUGGGUCUUGAGAACUACGCCGAGGGCGCGUACAUCCCGCCCGUCGCACACGUUCCUGCGUCCGUCCAGAGGCGCCUCGAGGCGCGCCAGUCCGAGGCGCUCACCGACCAGGAGGGCGGUGAGCAGUGGACCGGCACCAUCUCGAUCGGCACGCCUGCGCAGGAGUUCGUCAUUGACUUCGACACGGGCUCGUCCGACCUUUGGGUUGCGUCCUCGUCCUGCAGCGGCUGCGAUGCCUCAAACUAUUACACCGCGUCCGACUCGUCGACGUCGCAGGAACAGAGCGGCACGUUCGAUAUUGAGUACGGCGAUGGGUCUGAGGCGUCUGGCCCCAUCUAUACUGAUGAUGUCAGUGUUGCCGGUGUUGCCGUCACUAGUCAGACUCUCUCUGCUGUGACCAGCGAGAGCGGUAACCUCGUCGGCGAUGUCGCUGACGGCCUCAUGGGCAUGGCCUUCCCUGCCCUCUCCCAACUUGAGGCGGACCCCUACUUCUGGACCGCCAUCAGCCAGGGCGUCGUCUCCUCGGGCGAGUUCGGCUUCUACCUCGCGGGCAGCGACUCGGAGCUCUACCUCGGCGGCUCGGACAGCAACCUGUACUCGGGGGACCUUGAGUUCCACGACGUUUCCUCGGACUCCGGCUUUUGGCAGAUCAGCGGCGCGAGCAUCAUCAUCAACGGCGAGACCGUCGCCUCCGGCUUCGCCACCAUCAUCGACAGCGGCACCACCCUCAUGUACGGUCCGACCAGCGCCGUAGGGUCGUUGUAUGAGAAUGUCUCUGGAUCGGUGUCGCUCGGUGAUGGCACCUACGCGUUCCCGUGCUCGGACUUCCCGACCGUCGAGGUCACCUGGGGUGGCAACACCUACGAUAUCUCCAACACCUUCAACCUCGGUGAGACCAGCAACGGCGAGUGCCAGGCUGCUCUUGGCGGCGAGGACCUCGGGCUCGGUAACAACGUCUGGCUCUUCGGCGACACUGUCAUGCAGAACCUCUACACCGUCUUUUCCGUCGAUCAGAAUGCUGUCGGUUUCGCUCCGCUUGCUUAA